UGGCCCUGAACCGCUCGUUGUUGCCCUGCCCCUUGGGAUCGUUCGUCCCAGAAUGAAUUGAACUUGAGAUGUGACCGCUUGCAAACCUCGACGCUGGUGUUAGCUGUCGUCCUUGUCCACUAUGUUCUGGAGCCACAGUUCCCGCGCAGUGCGCCAGCAAUGGCGCCUCUACAGAGGUCUAAGUCGGCGCGGUGCAGUCUCGAUGAUCUCCCCGCUGUCUCCGCCAUCCAUGGCACGCGCAUUGCAUGCCGCAAGGCCUCUUCUGGCGGUGAAGCCAGUGCUGCUCGCUGAUAUUGGAGAAGGCAUCGUCGAGUGCGAGAUCAUUCAAUGGUUCGUUGAGCCAGGGGCGCGUGUUGAGGAGUUUUCGCCUCUGUGCGAGGUCCAGAGCGACAAGGCUUCGGUAGAGAUCACCAGCCGCUUUGCAGGCGUCGUCAAAAAGCUACAUUACGAGGCCGGCGAAAUGGCCAAGGUCGGCAAGCCGUUUGUCGACAUCGACAUUCAAGGGGAUGUCAAGGAGGAGGAUGUGGGCGCUCUGGCGCCGGUUCAAGCACUCGAAAAAGAGACGGAGCCGAAGCCAACUCAGGCGCCAGUACGUCCUCCAGCCGAAGAGACAGCAGCAUCACAGGUCGCCAUCUUGACCGAGCAUGAGACCCAAAGCACACCUAAGGGCCGGGGAAAGCAUGCCACGCUCGCAACGCCCGCAGUCAGGCACUUGUCAAAGGAAUUGAGUGUCGAGAUCUCAGAAGUGAAUGGCACAGGAAGGGAUGGGCGGGUGCUCAAGGAGGACAUCUACAAGUUUGUGGAAAGGAGGAAAGCGCCGUCUGCUCCAGCAUCAGCCACUCAACCACCGGCGGCUGCCGCCUUCACAUCACCAGAAAGGUCGACGACAGAGGCGCAGCAAGAGACACCAAUCGCUCUCACCCGGACACAGGAGAUGAUGUUCAAGACCAUGACGCGUUCCCUCAGCAUUCCCCACUUCCUCUACGCCGACGAGGUCGACUUCACUUCGCUCGUCGAGCUCCGUGGGCGCCUGAACAGGGUCCUGUCCAAGUCAGGCUUGAGCGACAGCCAAGUGGGCAAGCUCUCAUACCUACCCUUCAUCAUCAAGGCCGUGUCCAUGGCCCUCUACAAGUACCCGAUCCUCAACGCCCGCGUAGACGUCGACAGCGCCAACAACAGCAAGCCAACCCUCGUCCUGCGCAGCCAGCACAACAUUGGCGUGGCCAUGGACACGCCCUCGGGCCUGCUCGUUCCGGUAAUCAAAAAUGUCGGCAGCCUCAACAUCCUGGGCAUCGCGGCCGAGCUGGCGCGGCUGCAGACGCUCGCCACGGCGGGCAAGCUCUCGCCGCAGGACAUGUCGGGCGGCACCAUCACGGUCAGCAACAUCGGCAGCAUUGGCGGCACCUACCUGUCGCCCGUCGUCGUCGAGCGCGAGGUGGCCAUCCUGGGCGUCGGCCGCAUGCGCACCGUGCCGGCCUUCUCGACGGUGCCCGGGGAGGAGGACCGGGUCGUGCGCAGGCAGGUGUGCAAUUUCAGCUGGAGCGCUGACCACAGGGUUGUUGACGGGGCGACCAUGGCCCGCGCUGCCGAGGUGGUCAGGGCGAUUGUCGAGGAGCCGGAUGUCAUGGUUAUGCACCUGCGCUAAGCCGGAAAAGGCCCGAGCGAGCGAGCGAGCGAGAGAAAGAGAGAGAGUGUGUGUGUGUGUGUGUGAGAGAGAGAGAGAAAGAAAGAAUAUAGAGUACGCUGCUGAGUUGAAGGAGUGUGGGAGGGAGAAGGUCUCGAGGUUUACUUGCUCCGAGUUGGGCGUGAAGCAGGAUAGGGAUGAGGGGCAAGUGUUUGGCUGAGAGGGUGGCGCGGUGAAGCGCAGCAGGAUUCAUCCGGUCGGCCGUACUCGCUCGCUUAGCCCGGUUAUAAUGUACGCAAGCUGUUGCGGUGUUUUAUUUCGAGACGAGUGCACACUUAGACACAGACAAAGCAGGCAGGCUAGUUCUCUGGUUGAUUCAUAGUAGCCAUUUUCUGAUUUUUGGGUGCUCACGAGUCAAAAGUUUCACAAGUAUUCGUACCACGUCC